UAGAAAGAAAUAAUGUGCUCACUACCCAGAAUUACAGUCUACAUGGGCCGAUAAUGGGCUCACUAUAGUUCUUUGAUUUACACCCCAACAACUAGUUGUAUCAUUCUCUCCUUCCGCCAGCCAGACUAGACUCCUCGCUUUCUGUUUUCCAGACUUCCUUUUAGAGAGAGAAUUAGAAAGAUGGUGAUUCCACCGGCAGUGAGACCACCCCGUCUCUUCGACUACCUCAAACCUUACGUCCUGAAGAUGCACUUCACGAACAAGUUUGUCCACGCUCAAGUCAUCCACUCACCAACAGCAACGGUGGCUUGCUCAGCUAGCUCACAGGAGAAAGCAUUGAGGGAGACAAUGAAUGUCACACGCGACGUGGCUGCUGCUUCAAAGAUCGGUAAACUCCUUGGCGAAAGGCUCUUGAUGAAAGAUAUUCCAGCUGUUACUAUUCACAUGAAGAAAGAGCAGAUGUAUCAUGGUAAAGUCAAGGCUAUCAUCGAUUCUGUCAGGGAAGCUGGCGUCAAGUUGCUCUGAGGAUUAUCCAACAAUCCAUCAAUCAAUUUCAUGUUUCUUCUUCAUGGUUGUGAAGAAAAAUAUUCAAAAGAUAAUGAAUUUAUAUAAGCUUUGACCAUUGAAUAAUAAGAUUAAUGGUGCUUUUUCCACAA